AUGUUGAUGCAAUUGCAAGUUUCGAUGGCGAAACCAACCGCCUUUUAUACCUUCGACAUCCCACAUUAUCCUUACCCUGAAACUAUUUCAACCCGAUCAAAAGAUCCUUCCAGUCCGGCCCCCAUACUACGAACUCCCAAUCUGGGUGCGCGCCGCCGAUCUCUGGUACGCCUUGCAGCGUCACGUGGGCUUCGGUUGAUCAGGGCGCGCGCUCAUUCGUCUUGCGCAUACAACAGUCCCCUUGAAGAAACGGAGCAUCUGGCUCAAAUGCAACUAGAGGAUCUCACAGCGCCUCUCAGGGAGAUCCGUUGCGGGGACGGUGAAAAGUCAUACGACGCUGGACUCUGGGGCGGCCUCAUUGCCAAGAAGCGGGCUAUUCCCGUCCAAUAG